AGUGGAGUCAACAUACUUUCAGCCAUCAAUAACAAUAAUGUCUUCUCUCAUAGGCUGUAAUCAGCGGCAUCGGGUGUUGGCUGCUGUCUCUGGUCUAGUGCUGAUCCUCAUUCUCUGCAUCUUGUGCUAUUUUAUUUCCAAAUAUUCUGCGGCUACAAUGGAAUUAGCAUCAUUGAGAGAGGAACAGCGAAAUGUAACACAUUUAGAUACUGCUGAGAGAAUGGAAUUAGCGUCAUUAAGAAAGGAGCAGAGGAAGUUAUCAUUUCUGGGUUCCUUCCUCAUAUUUAAUGAGGAACACAAGAAGUGUGCAGAGGUACGCCCGUCCUCCACCCCUCCCUUUGAACUUACAGCCUCCGGUUGCUCCGCAGUUUCUUAUUCCCAGUUCUUCCGUUGGCUCCCAGGAGGCCGUCUCAUGAGCACGAAGGAGGGGCUAUGUGUGGGGGUGGAGGGAAAGCCUCAGUCUCAGAAACCAUUGAGGCUCUUUCAUUGUGACGAUGGAAAGUCCCUGACCUGGGUGUGCACUAAUGAGACUUUGCUUGGUGUUAAGGGUGAGAAUCUCUACUUCAACUAUGGGAAUAACAAAUAUGGGAUAGUUAUGCUUUAUUGGGGUACAGGACCCUGGAGUCGUUGGAGAGCCCAAAGCACUGAAGGGAAGCUGCAGGAUGGGGGAGCUUGUGCUCAGUCCUGCGCUUAGGCCAAAAACAUAAGCCAUAUCCUUUCAGCAGCUGAGGGCACAAAUGUUCUAAAAGAAUUAUGAUUACUUAUAUUAGUUAUUUUUUAAAAUAUGCAAUAUCCUCCUCUGUUAUACUCUUUGGGUCUGAUCUGAGUCAGCCGUUAUGUUGCAUAUAUGGUGUUUUUUUGCACCCACUAUGGUGUUCAUACAGAGUCACAAUGCAGAUUUCAUUACACGGUCUCAGGAGUGUAUAAUAAAUGUACUGGGAAUUCCUCGGAGGUAACACAGAGGUGGCUCAUCAGGUCCAUGGACAUGCAUUAUAUUAUGGCGGAUUUAUGGUGACUAUGGCAGAUGUUGCUGAUGGUUGUCGCGUACAGACACCCUCAGCUGCUCACAGGAGCUCAUACUCCGGCGGAAAAUCAGCACCUGGCAUGGGGCUGGUGCAACACGUGUUGGUGCAUAUGAUGGCAGCGUCUGUAGAAGCACCAAGCAUGAUUUCUGCUUAUGUCAUACCUCCCAACUGUCCCGAUUUUUGCAGGACAGUCCUGUUUUUUUUUUAACUAUCCCACUGUCCCACCUGCAGGCCCGCGGUGGGAUCAGUGGGAGGCUCCCUAUCACUCGCAGCUCUGCUGUGAAUAGAUGCUGUGAGCAUGCGCACACUGUCUAUUCAAAGGUGACAGAGGAACUGGGGGCAUGCCAGCAGCUCAUACAGUACUGGGUAUGCUCCAACAGUGAUGCAAAAUGGUGUAGUGGCUCGAAAUUGCAGCAUUGCUACAAAGCCACACCCCUUUUGUAGAGGUCACGUUCCCUUUUUGGGAGUGCGCCGGAGGUGCGCGAGAAGUCCCAGUUCCAUCUUUCUAAAUGUUGGGCGGUAUGUUAUGUGGAUGCUGCAAGUGGGCCUCUCAGUCCUUGCACAAGUUACAGAUACUACAGUGGCAAAAGACGCACAGACGGCCACCUCUGACUCCGACUGAGAAUCAGCAAAGUAUAAUCUAUGGGCCUAAUUUAGUAAGGAUUGCAAAUUCUGAUCACAUUGCAGGGCAAGGCAACCCAGCAUACGACCCGCCGCCUCCCCUCCCCCCCUUGAUGAAGCAGAAAUUAGGGAUGCCUCCUGGCGGCUGCGUGAGACAUCAUGCAGCCGCCCGGAUCACGCCCCACCACGCCCCCGUUCGCGCCGCACUGCCCCCCCGUUUCCAGCCUUAGCCCCCACAAUGCUCCAUCUCCGCCUAGGAAACGGAGCGUUGCCACCCCCCCACCCCACCCCGCGACCGCCUCUGCCUGAUUGAAAAUGUGGGCGCAUGCACGGAAUGGGUGCUGCGCAUGCGCCCGCAUCUUUUUCGAUUUUUUGCGGUUGGAUCGCUUACUGCGAUUUAACCUGGAUUAGGCCCUAUGUUCAUUUCAAAAUGAUCAUUAUUUGCUAAAAAGGAUGAAAAUAAUUGACUUUAAUGUCUAGUUGGGGGGUGGUAAUGCUUCCCUGGCCGCUCUGCCGUGUAGAACUGGUUCUGUAGAAUAAGCUGUGAGUAAUAAGCUGUGACUCUUGCGGUGGAAGGAAUCCUAUGUCUGCUGUAUGGCUUGGUACGUUUCUGAUGCAUCUGUUUGCUGUACAUUAUGCUAUUUCUUUAUUUACGCACAGUAACCUCAAUGUUUUGAGAAUUUCCUUUAUCUGGAAAUAAUAAUUAGAAAUCAAGUUCUCAUGGAGAAAUAUCCUUGAAAAAAUAUCUAUUAAAAAAAACCCAAUAA